CUUCCGGUUUGGUUUCCCCGCCCCCUGCGUGGCUGAAGCUCUCUGGGCUCCGCGGUGGCGGCUGGAGCAGCGGCCGGGUGGCGGGGGGCAGGGCGUGGUGAGGUAAGGUGAAUGCCCGAGCGGGCUUCCCGGAGCCAUGGCCUGCUCCAUUGUCCAGUUCUGCUCCUUCCAGGACCUCCAAGCCGCCCGGGACUUCCUCUUCCCUCAUCUGCGGGAGGAGACCUCCAGCGGCGCCGUGAGGAGGGACCCCAGUAAAUCAAACUGGGAAGAUGAUGGUUGGGGAGCAUGGGAAGAAUCAGAACCCCAAGAACCUGAAGAAGAAGGAAAUACUUGCAAACCACAAAAAACUUGCUGGCUUCAAGAUUGUAUUUUAUCAUUAUCUCCAACCAAUGAUCUUAUGGUUAUAGCUCGGGAACAAAAAGCUGUAUUUCUAGUGCCAAAAUGGAAACAUAGUGAUAAAGGGAAGGAAGAAAUGCAGUUUGCUGUUGGUUGGAGUGGUUCUUUAAGUGUUGAAGAAGGGGAAUGUGUAACCAGUGCUCUGUGCAUCCCACUAGCAAGCCAGAAGAGGAGUUCCACUGGACGUCCAGACUGGACCUGCAUCGUGGUGGGCUUUACUUCGGGUUACGUACGCUUCUACACAGAGAACGGCGUGCUCCUGCUCGCUCAGCUCCUGAACGAGGACUCAGUGCUUCAGCUCAAAUGCAGGACCUACGAAAUCCCACGACAUCCUGGCGUGACUGAGCAGAAUGAAGAGUUGAGUAUAUUAUAUCCAGCUGCCAUUGUGACUAUUGAUGGAUUUAGCCUUUUUCAGUCUCUUCGUGCUUGUCGAAAUCAGGUAGCAAAAGCUGCAGCAUCAGGCAAUGAGAACAUCCAGCCACCGCCAUUAGCGUAUAAGAAAUGGGGUCUGCAAGAUAUUGACACAAUUAUUGAUCAUGCUAGUAUUGGUAUUAUGACUCUGUCCCCUUUUGAUCAAAUGAAGACUGCCUCCAAUAUAGGUGGAUAUAAUGCAGCAAUUAAAAACAGCCCACCAGCCAUGUCUCAGUAUAUCACUGUAGGGUCCAGUCCAUUUACAGGCUUCUUCUAUGCUUUAGAGGGAAGCACGCAACCACUAUUAUCUCACGUUGCACUUGCAGUGGCAAGUAAACUCACUUCCGCUUUAUUUAAUGCUGCCAGUGGUUGGCUUGGUUGGAAGAGCAAGCAUGAAGAAGAAGCUUUCCAGAAGCAAAAACCCAAGGUGGAACCAGCUACCCCAUUAGCUGUAAGAUUUGGGCUUCCAGAUUCUAGACGCCAUGGUGAAAGUAUAUGUCUGUCUCCAUGUAACACACUGGCAGCAGUAACAGAUGAUUUUGGCAGAGUUCUUUUGUUGGAUGUAGCUAGAGGAAUUGCAAUACGCAUGUGGAAAGGGUAUCGAGAUGCACAGACUGGUUGGAUCCAGAUUGUAGAGGACCUCCACGAAAGAGUCCCAGAAAAGGGAGACUUUUCCCCAUUUGGAAGUCCUCAGGGUCCAAGUCGAGUGGCUCAGUUCCUUGUGAUAUAUGCACCACGGAGGGGCAUUUUAGAAGUGUGGAGUACACAGCAGGGCCCUCGAGUUGGCGCUUUCAACGUGGGAAAGUACUGCAGGCUUCUGUAUCCUGGCUAUAAAAUAAUGGGCUUAAAUAACAUUACUAGUCAGAGUUGGCAGCCCCAGACUUACCAGAUCUGCCUGGUUGAUCCAGUGUCUGGAAGUGUGAAAACAGUCAGUGUUCCUUUCCACUUAGCAUUGAGCGAUAAGAAGAGUGAACGAGCCAAGGACAUGCACUUAGUGAAGAAACUGGGAACCUUGCUGAAAGCAAAAUGUCCCAAUCUUGAUUUGAUUGAAACAGAAAUAAAGGAAUUAAUUCUUGAUAUUAAAUACCCUGCAACCAAAAAACAAGCAUUGGAAAGCAUAUUGGCAAGCGAACGUUUACCAUUUUCCUGCCUUAAAAACAUCACUCAGACAUUAAUGGACACUUUGAAAAAUCAAGAGCUUGAGUCUGUUGAUGAAGGACUGCUACAAUUUUGUGCCAAUAAAUUGAAAUUACUCCAUCUUUAUGAGUCUGUUAGUCAAUUAAAUUCCACUGAUUUUCAUUCAGAUACACCAUUCUCUGAUAAUGACUUGGCCGUGUUACUAAGGCUGGAUGAAAAAGAACUCUUUAAGCUCCAGGCCUUGUUAGAGAAGUAUAAGCAAGAGAACAACAGGACUGCUGUCCGAUUUUCUGACGAUAAGGAUGGUGUGUUGCCUGUGAAAACAUUCCUGGAAUAUUUAGAAUAUGAGAAAGAUGUGGUCAACAUAAAGAAGACAAGUGAAGAGGAAUAUGUGGCUUUGGGCAGUUUCUUUUUUUGGAAGUGUUUAUGUGGAGAAAGCUCCACUGAGGAAAUGUGUCACACUUUGGAGUCGGAGGGACUUAGCCCCCAGCUGUUGUUGUCUCUGCUCCUGAGUGUUUGGCUUUCUAAGGAAAAAGAUAUUUUGGACAAACCGCAGUCUGUCUGCUGUCUCCAUACGAUGCUGUACCUCCUGAGCAAGAUGAAAGUGGCCAUCGAAGAGACCUGGGAUUCCCAGGCAGUGUCCCCGUGGUGGCAGCAGAUGCGCACGGUCUGUAUUCAGUCCGAGAACAACGGGGCCGCGCUGCUGUCUGCGCACGUCGGGCAUGCUGUCGCUGCCCAGAUAUCCAACAGCUUGACCGAGAAGAAAUUUUCCCAAACAGUUUCAGGAACUGACUCGGAAGCCCUCACCGAUUCCUGGGAGGCCCUUUCUCUUGACACGGAAUACUGGAAACUCCUCCUGAAACAGCUGGAGGACUGUCUCCUGCUUCAGACUCUGCUUCACAGCAAAACGAACACCCGGACCUCCAAAGUGUCUUCGCUGCAGGCUGAGCCGCUCCCGAAGCUUUCAGUGAAAAAGCUGUUAGAAGGAGGAAAAGGUGGCAUUGCAGACAGUGUAGCCAAGUGGAUAUUUAAACAGGACUUCAGCCCUGAAGUGCUAAAACUGGCUAAUAAAGGAAGAGAUGCAGAAAACCCAGAUGAACCCAGAGAAGGUAUUAACCGAGGUUUAUUUGAGGUGUCAGAGGUGGAGAUGGACUUGGGAGCCAUUCCAGACCUGCUGCACUUGGCCUACAAGCAGUUCCCUUGCAGCCUCGAGCUGGACGUGCUGCACGCACACUGCUGCUGGGAGUACGUCGUGCAGUGGAAUAAAGACCCGGAGGAAGCACGUUUUUUUGUUAGGUCAAUAGAACACUUGAAGCAUAUUCUUAAUGCCCAUGUUCAGAAUGGCAUUGCGCUGAUGAUGUGGAACACAUUCUUAGUCAAAAGGUUUUCUGCUGCUACGUACUUGAUGGAUAAGGUUGGAAAAGCACCAAAGGAUAGAUUAUGCCGAAGGGAUGUGGGGAUGAGCGACACAGCAGUGACUUCCUUCCUUGGCUGCUGCUGGGAUCUUCUUCAGACUUUAAUGGAGGCAGACGUCAGCCGGGAUGAAAUGCAGGUGCCCGUCUUGGACACGGAGGACGCCUGGCUGACUGUGGAAGGCCCGGUCUCCAUCGUGGAGCUGGCCCUGGAUCAGAAGCACAUCCACUACCCGCUGGUGGAGCACCAUUCCGUCCUGGGCGCCAUCCUCUACGCCGUCAUGAGGUUCUCUCUCAAGACCGUGAAGCCGCUCUCUCUUUUUGACAGUAAGGGGAAAAAUGCAUUUUUCAAAGACUUAACUUCAAUUCAGUUAUUACCUAGUGGGGAAAUGGAUCCAAAUUUUAUUUCUGUACGACAACAGUUCUUACUGAAAGUCGUCAGUGCAGCUGUCCAGGCCCGACACACAGUUGCAAAAGACAGAGACUCCACAGAAGAGGCAGCAACCGCCCCUUUUGGUAAAGACCAGGACUGGCCAGUGCUGGCCGUGGACUUGGCCCAUCACCUUCAAGUCAAUGAAGAUGUUGUCAGGAGGCAUUAUGUGGGGGAACUCUACAACUACGGAGCUGACCACCUAGGAGAGGAGGCCAUCCUCCAGGUUCAGGACAAAGAGGUCCUGGCCUCGCAGCUGCUGGUGUUGAUCGGGCAGCGGCUGGCGCACGCCGUGCUCCACACGCAGACAAGGGAGGGGCUGGAGCUGCUCGCCAGGCUGCCCCCCACGCUGUGCACCUGGCUGAAGGCCAUGAACCCCCAGGAUCUUCAAAACACAGAAGUGCCCAUUGCAACAACAGCUAAACUAGUAAAUAAAGUCAUUGAGCUUUUACCAGAAAACCACGGGCAGUAUAGUUUAGCCUUACACCUCACUGAAGCUGUGGAAGCCAUAUCUCUUCCUCCUUUAUGACACUUAUCUCCUGCAAACAGUCUCAAAUUGUGUGACUCUAAUAUGAACUAGUGCAUGGUUAUUUUACACAAUAAGAUCUGGAAUUUUACGGAGGAAGUAUGUUUUUUUCUUUUGUAAAGUAAAUAAAAAUACACAUUACUUUUAAAAAGUGCAGUCUUGGCUGAAUUCCACCUUUGGUUAAUACUGACAAUAAAAUAUAAACAGGUAUCAGUUAUACUAUCAAUUUCUCUUAAAGCUGUUUUCCUGUUUAUUUUUGAUUUAAGCACUUAAGUAGCUUUAUUGUCCAAAUUUGCUAUUUAAAACUGGUUAUAAUUUACAGAUUAUGUUCUUAUAAGAUUCUAUAUUUUGUACUCAAAAUGUUAUUGUAAUUAAAUUUAAAUGUGUUCAUGUGUAGUCCCCAUCAGUAAAAUGAGAGAUCUAUCUGACUCUGUUUUAAUAAAUGUUGGGAAAAUGCUUUUGUUAUCAUGCUUAAUCCCGUCCUGGGGGACUGGCCCCUGGAGUUCUGGAUGCUGACAGGCUUCCUUCCCAGAGGUUAUGCUGGUGCCAUCAGAGGAGGAAUAAUGGGUUCAAGGCCAUCAUAGUCAUCAGAAUGAACACUAAGUAGAACCCUUAACCUGUUGCACUUGCCAAAACAGAAUCUGAGAUGCAAUCUAACCCAGCAAAAUUAAUUAUAAUGCAAGUUAAGAUUUGCUUUUUGCCAAGAUUCAAAAUUAUAUCCAUAUCAGGUAACUGUAAAAAUGUAUUAUCUUGUAAAACUUAUGUUUAAAAAAAGGGUAAAGAUGCUAAAAAUUUAAAUCCAACUUUAUUUUUCCUACAAGUGUUUAGAAAUGUCUGUUUCUGGGAUCUGGUCAUGUUACCUGUUCUUAGAACAGUAUAGAAAAUACUUAGUGAUGAUACUACAGCUUAGCAAACCUACCUCACUGCUGGCUUGAGAGGAUGAAUACAACUAAUUUUGUACCCUACAGUGCCUAGAGCAGUCCAAGUGCUGAAUAAUCAUCUGUUGAUUAAAACCAAAUUAACCAAAACUCUGUAAAAAAAAAAGUACUUUGAGCUGUACAAAUACCAAGUAUUUAUCAAGGUAAAUCUUCGGAAUGUAGCCAUACAGCGCAAUUGUUGACAUGUCCUGGGUCACAGUUGUUACACGUAGCAACUCGUUGUGAUACAGAAGUUUGUUUCUUCACUUCCUCAGGAAGCAGCCAGCUCUUGCAAUUGUGCAAAUUUGAGGCGUUGUUUUCAGGAAUAUAAAGGAAAAGUCUGAUGUCUGAGAAUAUCCCAAUGUAAAUUCUUUUUAACAGAGAGAUCACAUGCAAAUAAGAACUGUCUAAAACCUGGUAAUUACUGUUUCAUUUUAAAUCAUGAGAGAUUAAUUUUUCAGGUGCCUUGAGUGUUUGGGGUGAAGGCCUAUGUGUCUGACCGAGGCAUACGCUCUGCAGCAGUUAACACUGAAAAAGGCCUCCAGCCGGUGCAGCCCCUCAGCCUCUGCUGGGAUUGCUGGUACCCCAUGCAGACACAUUCACGCGAUUUCUGAGUAUUAGGUGUUCUGUAGUCACUUGUUACACACACUGUACAAGAUGAGUUCCUUCCGUGACUUGUCUAGAUACUCUGAAAGUAGUUCUGAACCUUGGAGGCUGGUCAGAGAAACUUGGAGUUACAGGCAUUUUUAAAGAGUAAAUUACUCGCUCUGAUUCCAUUAUCACUUUGGGGGGUAUCUAACAAGCAUUUUAGAUAAUAACACUGGUUGAACUUACUCUGAUAGGACACACAAUCAAAUUUUGGGAUUGUUGAGAAUAUAUUAAUAAGCUGGAAUACGGCUCCUAGGACCAUAACAAAUCACUGAGUCUCUAGUUAGAUUUAUACUCCUAAAAUUUGCCAUUGAGAGAAUUUUAAAAUUGAAUUCUCAGUUGCAUGGUUAAGAAAAGCAGUUAAAUAUUUUACUGUUUCGUUAAGGGCUUUUAAAAUAAAUCUGGUAGAGGAAAGGUAAACAAAUACCUGUGUAUACAGUCUGUAACCACGAAGAGCCACAAAGAACGGAAUCAAGUUUCACACAGAACAGGCAGUUUCUGAAACAGGUGCGUUGCAUUUACUGCAGUUAUUGGUGCAAAGCCGAUUUAUCAGUGAGUAGCUUUUUCUUAGAUAUACUCCCAUCCUCACCUCAUAUACGUUUCCUUGUUAUCAUUAAGUAAGCAUUCUAUACCUUCUUCAAUUCUGUUGUAAAUGCAAAGGAAAUCAAAAGGGUUCAAAUAAUCAUAACUUCUGCAUUACAAGUUGUGUUUAGAUGUAGAACUAGAAUAUACAGGAUAAAUGCAGAUGGGGAGAAAUAAUAGUACCAGACUUCUAAAUAUGUCCUACUUUUGUAAAAAUAAAAAUGAGGUAUGGAGAAAAGAGUUUCACCUUUGUUAUAAAAACUCAACUAGGGUCAAGGUAAACAGUUAAAUAGUUUUCUUGAAAAAAAUGAUUACAAUUUAAAAUCACAGAAAACUCAUUUAAUAAUACUAAGCAUACAGGGAAUCAGUUCUCUUAGCAGUUAUUGUGGUUCAUUUCACUUAGGCAGAUAUUUUUAAAAGUACUCUAUAGCAACAGUGAAAGCCCUCCCUCACCCUGAUAGGAAUGGAUUUGUUAUAUUUCUGCUAAAUAGAAUUAACCAUUCCUGGAAAGAUUUUAAUCCUAUAUGGAAUUGUUUAUAAAAUGCCCUAUUAUCUGUUGUAAUGUAUUGUAAGUAGGCAAAUUCUGUACAUACUGCUAUUUUCUGUGUCUGUUCAUUGUUGUGUAUUAUGUAUAUUAGUGAAAUAAAUUUUCAGCUUUCAUGUUGUUUCCUUAA